UAUUUCCGCUUCCAGUGAUAUUUAAUUGACAGCUCUUCCAAGAAGUCUUCAAUCUCCAUUUUUCUGGGAACUCACYAACUGGUACCGUUGAAAACUUCAGGAAAAUCAUUUCAGGAUUGUUUAUUGUGCAUCAUUGAGUGURUUUGUAAGGAAAUGCUUAGAUUCUAACUCAGUUUGACAGUCWGUUURGCGCUACGACGUGGAGCUCUGUCUCUCGCAAAAGAGUUCAAGUUUCGACUACAAAACGAAGGUCUACCAAAACACCUAAGGAAUGAGAGCGAGUAGACCUUCUUCCAGAGGGCAGGGUCCACGAGGUGGUGGUAACCGAGGCCGAGGUGCAUCUCGGGGUAAUAUGGGAGGCGGUUGUCGUGGAGGUGGAUACUCAAGAGGAAGAGGUAGUGCAAGAGGAGGAAGAGGGGGACAAUCAAGAGCUAACGAGAAGUUGGAAAGAUUUGGUUUUCGUAAUCUCCAAUCCAUGGCAGAGAAKGAUCCUGAUKCUCUGGUUCUCGAUAUGACGUCAGACAAGUGUUUACCUGCGCUGGAAAAUCUUGUUUCAGAUGAUUAUAUGUCAGACGAGAAAGUAGUAGUCAUUCUAAGAGUAUUUGCUAGGGCUUGUGAAUGCUCAACCACUCAAGCAUCACUUCUGAAAUUGCUGCUGCAUCUACCAAAGUCAACGUACAUGAGCAUGCAUUUGUCAAACUACAUCAAUAGAAUGACAGUUGACAUAGACGUGCAAGAAAGAGAAGAUCAGUUCAGGAUGUUGAUAAAGCUUUUCACCGAACUUCUUAAUAGGAUGCCGAGUUCUUAUGCAGACCUUCCCAUCCCUCAGCUGUACUUCGUGACAAUGAUGCUUAACACGAAAGGUGAACUUUGUGAUCAGAAAAUCCUGUCUGAGGUGGAGAAUUUAAGUACGUUGAAAGAAGAAAUGGCAGAAAAAGUGAAGCACGAAGAUGUCGGAAGGAGAAAAAGGAGAAACCCAAGAGAUGAAGCGGCUCGUCUGGACGAUGACUCUCCGCCUGACGACUUUCGAGAUUUAAGUGUCGUACCCACACAAGACGACGUUCACUUCAAAGGAGUUCCAUUUGUUCGACGAAACAAGGUCGACGGCAGCUAUAAAUCACCCGAGCAUUACCUGGACGUACAGUUCCGUUUGUUACGAGAAGAUUUUGUGCGUCCUUUGAGAGAUGGGAUUAAUGAACUUCUAGUAAAGAUGGGGACUGCCAAGAUGGGACCUUUACAGGAUAUCCGUGUGUAUCAUGAUGUCCGCAUCCUCUAUCCUGUCUUUACGUCAAAGGGACUGACCUACAAAGUCAGCUUCGAUGUAUCGCGGUUCAAGCGCGUUCGCUGGGAAAACAGCAAAAGGCUUAUCUACGGUUCACUACUGUGCUUAUCUAAGGACAAAUUUGACACUAUCAUGCUGGCAACCGUGGAGAACCGGGACCUAAAGGAAUUGAAGGAAGGGACAGUGGAAAUAAAAUUCACAGACACAUCACAAAGGAUUGAACUCGACAAGAGCUCUUAUGAAAUGGUGGAAACAACUGCAUACUUUGAAGCAUAUCGCCAUGUAUUAGAAGGACUCAAAGAGAUCGAGCCAGAAAAGAUUCCGUUUCAGCGUUACAUUGUUAACUGUCAACCUGACGUAAGAGCACCAGCUUAUCUACGUAACAGACGUCGAGAAACAGUAACGUAUGACUUGACACCGAUYAUGAAGAACGACGUAAGUAAUAUUUCGCAAAGACUCAGUCGUUUGUCAAUUUCGACUGGAAGAAAAGGCAAAUCUGUAAACAUUCUGGACGUGAACGCCUGGCCAAGUGCGGAUGACUUACAGCUCGACGACUCUCAGCUGAAAGCUGUACAGCUUGCUYUAACGAAAGAGUUUGCUCUGAUCCAAGGACCGCCAGGGACUGGUAAAACAUACAUUGGUCUCAAGGUUGUUAGAGUACUACUUCACAAUAAAGACAAAUGGAUGACAGGAACAGAAAACGYAUUUGACUUUGAUGAUGAGCUAGAUGAAGCAAGGCUCCCUUUGGCACGUCGAMGGCAAGCUGUGGAUAGACGUCAAGCUGAUACCCACCCUAUACUGGUGGUAUGCUAUACCAACCACGCCCUUGAUCAGUUCUUAGAGGGUAUUCAUGAAUUCCAUCAAGAUGGUAUCGUACGAAUUGGUGGACGAAGCCAAAGUGAACUUAUGCAGAAAUGUAGUCUUCGAGAACUGAAGUACAAAAUGCAUAAAAACAAGGAAGCUCCACGAGAAAUACGUCGCGCUUUUUACGAUAUCCACUGUGAAUUGGAACAGAUUUCCAAUCAAAUGAAGAUCGCCACAGAAAAUAUUCAGAAAUGCAUGGAGCAACUCGUCCAUGAAAAGGAGUURUUGACAGGAAAUCACUUGACUCCAGAUCUGUACUGUCAGCUUACAAGCGAUCCAGAAACAGGAAUGAGAAGCCCGCAUAGUGCUAUGAUGGCUCAUUGGCUGGGCCUUAAAAAUKACGAUCCUUUUGAAUCAAACAUGUUCAUACCACCUAUUGCUGUAUUCCCCUUCAAUCUCGCGGCCAAGAGGAGGAAUGUGGUCAAUCCUUUACAUGUAUCUCAAACAUCAAACGCCAAGCCAGCCCCGGGCCUUGAUGGUAGUCCUGGAGGCUCGUUCGAACUUGAGGGUGCACGCAAUUCUUUCAUCUGCAUUCCAAAUAUGGAAAACGGUUUCCUUGACACGCGUCAAUCAAUGACUAUUGUUUUAUUUGUGUAUCCAAUGAACCCCGAGGGGGGUCCCAUCCUUUCUUUUUGUCAUCGAGGAAUGAUUGGAAUCCAAAUCAGUCAAAAAGGUCAGAUUGAUGGAAAAGGUGUCCUGGAAGCUACCUUCAACAGCCGUAAUGGUGUGUGGAUGAAACCAUUAUCUAAAYCAGUUUUAAAACUAAACCAAUGGAAUUACAUCGCGGCCUCGUACGAUUACGAAUCGGGUAUUUACAGACUAUGGCACGAUGGACAGUUGGUUCAACAACUACAGAACGUGUAUGGACCGAUGGAAAUCGGAUCACAAUUUCCAGUUUAUAUAGGCUCWUUUAAUCGGAGAGACCAUAACGCAUUCUUUGAAGGUCGAGUCUGUGGCCUCCACAUCUUCCCAAGUGCUCUAGGGAAACAGCAGAUCCUGAGGAUUGCUGGGAUACAAGAAGAGGAUCUUGGGAACGACGAAGAAAUCAACAUCACUGGAGAGCAAGAAGAACAAGAAGAAAUCGACAACGAUACACUAUUCGAGGCAAAAGCCGAGGAAGAUUUACGUGUUCUKGACACCGAUGAUGUCACUCKUUUCGGCAACAAACCAUCAAAGUUAAAGACUCUGACGACCGUCGAUUUGUUUAAGGACGAAUAUAGCGCAACACCAAAUGAAUACCAGUGGCAAGUCCAGAAUCCAGCUCGUCAAAAAAAGAGAAUCAAGCAAAAGAUUAAGAAAGAGCUCAGCUAUGGCGAUAUGAUGACUUCUCAAGAGGCAGCGCGGGUAACUAGGAUAUGGUCGUUGUCCAUGAGGGAUCGAUGGCGACUYUAUCGAUAUUGGAUUGAUCAGCUUUGUGAUGACUACAGACAGACAAUAGAACGGUAUCAGGAGAAUUUUGAAGAGGGUGCCCAAAGACUGCAGGAAGUCAAGGAUCUCGAAGAUCAAUCAAUUCUGAAACAUGCGACAGUGAUUGGCAUGACAACAACAGGUGCGGCCAAGUAUCGACGUGUAAUCCAGAAAAUACAGCCACGCAUAACCAUAGUGGAAGAAGCCGCUGAGGUACUGGAGUCUCACAUCGUCACCUCYCUGACCUCUGGAUGUCAGCACUUGAUCUUGAUUGGAGAUCACCAGCAACUCCGCCCCAAUCCAACCGUGUAUGACCUUGCUAAAAACUACGAYYURGAUAUGUCUCUCUUUGAGAGAAUGGUUAAGAUUGGAAUGAGAUUAGAGAGAUUAAACGCCCAGCAUCGCAUGCGACCUGAGAUUGCUGAGAUGAUGGAGCACAUYUACGAAGACCUUCAGAACCACGAGUCAGUAAUGCACUUUGGCCCAGUCAAGGGUGUGGACAAAAACAUCUUCUUCAUCGAGCACAAUGAACUAGAGGAGUUUGUGGAAGAAGGUCGAAGUCGCUCCAAUAUCCACGAAGCCAAGUACCUUGCAGCACUUUGUCGAUAUUUCAUCCUACAAGGCUACAAGCGAGARCARAUUACAAUACUAACAAUGUACACUGGCCAGCUAUUAAAACUUAAAAAUGAAAUGCCUCGUGACGUUUUCGAAGGCGUUCGAGUCUGCGCAGUAGACAACUUCCAGGGUGAAGAGAACGAUAUCAUUCUCCUCUCCUUGGUAAGGAGCAAUGAAGAGGGCAAGAUAGGGUUUUUACGAACACAUAAUCGAGUAUGUGUGGCUUUGUCACGUGCCAAGCAAGGAUUUUACUGCAUUGGGAACAUAGAUUUGAUGUGCGAGAAGGAGGUUCUCUGGAAAAACAUCAUCGAUGACAUGAGAAGCAAAGGAAAGGUUGGUCGACACCUUACUUUAACAUGUCAGAAACAUCCCCAGAAUAUCAUUCACGCGUCUUGCCCUGAAGACUUCAGGAAAGCACCGGAAGGAGGCUGCAUGGAGCCAUGUGACACAAGACUUGACUGUGGUCACGUGUGUAAAAGUGUCUGUCACCCAGGUGAUCCUGAUCACAAGGAGUACAAGUGUCGUGAAAUGUGCACCAGRAUGUUAUGCGAGGUCCACAAAUGUACGAAACUCUGCUGGCAAACAUGUGGGAAGUGCUUCUUUCUCGUAAGUAAAGAGAUCCCAGGCUGUCAACACCAACAACCAGUUCCAUGCUUCCAAGACCCCAAAGAGUUCAAUUGCCGAGCUCCAUGCUUAAAAUUGUUAGCGUGUGGAAUGCACCACUGUACAAGAAAAUGUUCUGACAAAUGCGACGAGAAGUGUCGAGCGAAAGUCAAAAUAACACUCAAGUGUGGCCAUGAAAAUAYUGUUGAAUGUCACAUGCGCAAUGAUAUGAUMAUGUGCAAAGCUCCUUGUGGCGAGCYGUUGAGCUGCGAACAUSCCUGCAAAGGUACAUGUGGGGAAUGCUUUGAAGGUCGUGUUCAUCUUCCGUGCAAAUCCAAAUGUGAUCGGUCACUGUUUUGUGGUCAUCUUUGCAAAGAACCCUGCACAAAGAACUGUCCACCUUGUUCAAAACCCUGCGAAAACAAAUGUGUCCAYAGCAAGUGCCAAAGGAAGUGCGGUGAAUCCUGUGUACCAUGCAUGAUGCCUUGCGAAUGGAAAUGUAAGCACUACAAAUGCUCUAAACGCUGUGGUGAACCGUGUGACAGACCAAGAUGCAASRAASGCUGCAGAAAGAAGCUUCCAUGUGGUCAUSAGUGUAUUGGUAUGUGUGGCGARCCUUGUCCGAYGAAGUGCCGAGUAUGCAAUAAAGACRAGGUCACSGAGAUCYUUUUYGGAGAKGAAGAUGAGCCGGAUGCYCGAUUUGUUGAGCUGCARCCGUGUGGUCACUUGAUUGAGGUGAACGCCAUGGACUAUUACAUGGACGAUGUCUCAUCAGAUGAAAGAUCUAGUAUACAACUGAAAGGGUGUCCACGAUGUAAGACAUCAAUCAGAACCGCCCUACGCUAUGGUGACAUAAUUAAGAAAACCUUAGCGGACUUCGAGAAGGUCAAAGCUAAGCUCAUUGUUCCUGACYACAAACUAAAAAUGGAAUCCGCAAGAUUGCUYGACAAGCUAUACCGUGAAAAACUCCACAAGACGCUUAAAAAAGAUGCAGACAAGAUCAUCAAUUCUGUYAGUUUGAAAGGAUUGACGUCCGAACAGCUCAACAUGUACGAGAACCAAAUUAACUUCCUUUCCUUCUUAAGCAGAGUUAUAUCGGGAAUAGAAAGUGGAAUUUCAAAGAUUCAAUCAGGAACGAUUACGAGAGAGCGYAUGCGUUUGUUUCGAAGAUACAUAAGCAACGAUGGCCGGUUUGAUGACAUUGCUCGUGAGACCGAAGCAUUGGCUGAGCCACUUAGAAAAAGAAUCAUGAUGCUAAGAGGACGAUUCAGCGACCAGGAGAAGGAGGAAAUUAAUAAUGAAUUAUUACGACUGUCUCUGGUUGUAUCGUACAAUACCUUUGUACAUAUGAAGGAAAUUCAGCCAGACCACAUGGUCGAACCAAUACUUGGGCGCAUUUCAGACGCUAUUGAGUCACGACAGAAAAUAAGUAAGGAUGACAUAGACCGUUACAUGAAGGAGAUCAAAGACCUAUCHAAGAAGCAUGGAUUGGACGUAUUUUAUCAAGACAUAACAGACAAGGAAAAAGACAUGAUCGUCAAAGCAAUGGGGAUGGCACAAGGUCACUGGUUCAAAUGUCCCAAAGGUCAUAUCUAUUGCAUUGGUGACUGUGGAGGUGCUAUGGWGGAAGGCCAGUGCCCCGAGUGUGGAUCUACAAUCGGUGGUACUAACCACGCCCUACGAGGUGACAACGCCCUGGCAAGGGAGAUGGAUGGAGCAAGGCAUGCUGCAUGGUCCGACUUUACCAACAAUAUGAGGAACUUUGACUUUGAUGAUUUUUAGAAUCAGCGGGUGUUGAGACACGGCUUUCUGAAGACGGACAUGGUACUAAUAUCGUGGGUGCUAAUAUCGUGGGUACUAAUAUCGUGGGUCCAUAAAUUGCAUGGUCUUUUUUUAAAUCUCAUAUUCAAAAGCAUCAGCGCUUUCCUUAGUUACUUUUUGUCAUCUUGGUGAUCUCAAAAAGGAUGCUUAGGCUUUAAUUGUGAAUAAAUCUAAACAAAUGUUUUAAAGACGCUUCAAAACUUGUCCCUAUGGGCUUGGGACUAGAGCUUCCAAGGGUGUUCUCGAAACAGUUUAAAAUAAUUUGUUAUGAUGUAKGUUUUAUUGGGUACACACUGUAACGUGCAAAGAUGUUUUAAUUCUGUAUAAAAGCAUUAAUUUGACUAGCAUUAAAAUCUGAUAAACUUCA